UGAGCUGAGGUUUAAAAACUCUUUAUGACGUGUUGCAUUUCUCACAGGAUAAACAGAUUCUGUACUGUGGGUAUACCAAACCAGAAUGCCUAUAGAAGUAUGCACCUCCCUCCCCCUCCCACGGUGCCACAGUAUUCCCUGGGAUUCUGUGUGCACUGGCUCUUUAAGAGUCAGCUUGCUUGUGGCAUAUGAGUAGGAAGACAAGGUCGCUGGUGAAAUAAAGAAUAAAAAGAGAGCGAGAGAGAGAGCGAGAGAGAGAGAAAGAGAGAGAGAGAGAGAGAGAAGAGAGACGGAGAGAAAGACCAAGACCAAGACUAACGGGCUUAAAAGGAGCACUCUGAACAUAGAAGCGAAACCCUAAACGACAAAGCAGAUCCCCGUCUCGUGAGUUAAGAUGCCUCUUCUAAAAGACGGCCAGAAGAAGACUGAGGAUAUCACUGCAGUCUACGACAUGAAGGAGAAGCUGGGGGAAGGCUCGUUCUCUGAAGUGAGGCUGGCUCAGGACCGGCGCACACAGAAGCUUGUAGCUGUGAAGUGCAUCCAGAAGAGGGCGCUAAAGGGCAAGGAGGCCAUGCUGGAGAAUGAGAUCGCUGUCCUUCACAAAAUCAAACACGACAACAUCGUCUCCCUUGAAGAGAUCUACGAAACCCCCUCAGAACUGUGUCUCGUGAUGACGCUGGUGACAGGAGGCGAGCUGUUGGAGCGAAUCCUGGAGCGCGGGAUGUACACGGAGAAGGACGCCAGCAGUGUGGUUGGACAGGUCCUGGACGCGGUGCGGUAUCUUCACGACAUGGGCAUCGUCCACAGGGACCUCAAGCCUGAGAACUUGCUGUACGACACUGCAUUCGAAGACUCCAAAAUUGUCAUCAGUGAUUUUGGACUGUCCAAAAUGGAGGACCAGGGAGUGCUGUCCACUGCGUGCGGGACACCUGCUUAUGUAGCUCCAGAGCUGUUGGAACAGAAGACUUAUGGGAAGGAGGUGGACUGCUGGGCUGUGGGAGUCAUCACCUAUAUUCUGCUGUGCGGCUACCCUCCCUUUUACGAUGACAACGACACGGAGCUGUACAAGCAGAUUGUGAAGGCAGAGUAUGGGUUUGACUCGCCAUACUGGGAUGACAUUUCAGAAUCGGCAAAAGAUUUCAUCAGUCACUUGUUGCAAAAGGACCCAGAAAAGCGUUAUACUUCUGAGCAAGCACUACAGCACCCAUGGAUUUCAGGUGGCACUGCCCUAGAGAAGAAUAUUCAAGUCUCUGUGAGUGAACAGAUUCAGAAGAACUUCGCCAAGAGUCAGUGGAAGCGUGCUUUCAAUGCCGCAGUCAUUGUCCGUCACCUGAGCAAGAAAACGCAGGCCAGCGCUGAGGAAUCACAAGAGGAGGAGAGCGGAACAGCUAGCUCCAUCUGAAGACAUCGGCAGCCUUCAAAAACGACAAAACCAUGUGGGCCAGUGUUAAAUUAGUGAUGUAUUAAAAAUGUGUAGUAAUUGCACAGUGGCUUUUACUUCUGUUAGAUGGUUAAUCUCACCUGUAUUACAUGUGUCUGUGGCAGACAGUUAGAAAUGCAGAGGAAAGUGCAGUGUGUGAGUUAAUGUCAUGCUACACCAAAUUAUCACCAAGAUCAUAAGAAGUUAAGGGGGCGGCGAAAACAUCAAUUAAAUAUUCAGCUGUUGUUUCUUGUAAUCUUGGUUAGAUCCCAUAUUGUACACUUUGAAUCAGACCUGAGGUGAAUUGGAAUUCUAAUGAAAAUGCCAAUCACGGCAAAAUUGUUAAUUGAAAUUGUAAUUAGUUAUUUUUGCAAAGCUAGUUUGAUCAAUUACAAUUGUGCUUCUCUAAUUACCCUGACAAGUUACAUGUGUUUAACGCAGUUUACUCUAAAUAACCCAAUUAAUAAUCACAGGUACAAAUACAGAAACAUAAUAGAGAGCACCAAUGUAUUUCAAACAAACCGGUACAUUUAAAAGUGGUUGAAAAUACAAGAGUAAUGAUAAUGCUUGAUUGAACUGCAAUCGAUCAGUUAGGUGGCAAACAUUAUAAUUUCAAUGAAUUACAAAUGGAACGAUUACAGCUGUGACCCCAGCUCUGCACUGUACAACAAGACGUGUUUUAUUGAAAUGUAUUGCAAGUGCUGUAUGUGUAUAACUCGAUAUAAAAAAAACAAAACCAUCAAUAAAGUAAUUG